AUGGUUGACCCUCCCGUUCCCCCAAGCCCCAAGGAGCUUGUUGUCCCUGAAGCACUUGCUGCUCAUCAGGUUCUUCCUGUGGCCACGAUAUUUUCUUCAAACGUCCCGCAAAUCGUCUCUGACUCCGUGGUGUAUAUCAGCGAUGCCGAGACUGAGGUUCUCGAGACUCCUUGCGGUCAUCCGCAUCGUCGCCUGCGUCGUCGGGGCUUCUCAGUGCCAGAUGACUCGGACGCCGAGGAGCUGGAUGAGCCUACAACCAGCGAGCAAGAUGCUGUGGUGAAGGAGAUUACCGUGACUGAGUGCUCUACUCUUGUUAGACUUCUUCGCCCGCCUCUUACCGAGAGCUCGCCACUGUCGGAUCUACCCUCACACAUUAGUGACUUUGGUGAAGAUACUAUCAUCCUAGAUGUUCCUGCGGUGAAGAACAACUCCGUUUCCGCUGUGAAUGAAGGUGCUGGGCCUACUAAGCCUCUUCAUCCACCUCCUCGUGGAAGUUCGGCACUGUCCGACAUCUCUGACUCAACUGAACUCGAUGAGAAUGCCAAUCAACCAUCCUCCCUGCCGAGUGAGACCUCCGCGCCCAUUGAACCUCUCGGUAGUCCUGGGCUUAAACUACCUCGCCCUGGGGAUGUUCCACCUGCGUCAAGCCGUGCUUUCCUGUACUUUCAACGUGUCUCUGGUCCAGGGAAUGUCUUCCCUGCCGGCCUUCGUGCUAUCCUCAAGGAUUGGCACGAUGCACACUCUGAAAAACUGCCUCCGUGCGCCACAAGAUCUUGGUCUGCAUCACGAUUGGGCCGUUUCGUGAUAUUUGACUGGGAUGGUGACGAACUGCAACUUGCUAUUUACAAGGUCAUCACCCAUACAAUUUCCACUCCUUACUUCGUCAUGGUUCUUCUGUCGGAGAAAGGUCCUGGAGAGCUAGUUGCUCCCACCAGCAUUCGCCCCAAGAUGACCAACAAGAGUUUGAAAGGCCAUUACCUCCUUGCGUGGCUCGGUGACACCCAACAAUGGGGCAACGAGGUGUCCGCUGUGAGAGUUCCUAUACUCGAUGACAGGAAGGUUCGGUUUGACCCCAAAAUGUUCGAUUACGCGCAGGACAAUCCUCUACUUCUACGAGCCAUUACCACACCGAAGAAGAACAAGGACUCUUCACCUACAGAUUCCGCUGAGCACGCAAACGUCAAGAGUCGUCCCCCACAUCUGACCUUUUUGGAGCCUGCACUCUAUGCACCUACGCCUAGUCCGAUUACACAAGCUUCUGAGGAUGACGAGAGACAGUCGCCGCAUAAAACGACGGAUCAAUCUUUCUGGGCUGAUCAGACAUCAAAGCGCGAACUCAGUGAAGUAUCCUCCGACCCUUCCACCAUUCGGAAUGUGCGACGACGUCUCUUUGCCCCCACCCCCACACCACCUUCGCCCACUACCAAAGCGCGAUUCAAGCUCGUAUCGGAAACAUCCGAGAUGACGCGCUGUUUCUCUGUGGAGGAUUGCGAGAACGUUGAUGUAUUUUUCAAAAAAGCACGCGAGUUCUACCGGAGCGCUCGUAAAGCUAGUUCUAUGGCUCUUGCGUGUCAGAUUCCAGGUGUUGCGGGCAUUCGGUAUAUCGGGGAAGGGUGUCAGGAUGAGUUCCGUAUCUUGUGCGAGGACAUUGACCAGCUCUCUGGCGGAGGUGGCAUUCUGGUCAUUGAUAUCAAGCCGGUGCUUUAA